AGCAAGAAUUCAAAAAAUCACAAUAAUGGCCACGAAAUUAUUUACCAAACCAAAAUUGCUAAGCGAAUUUUUGGAAAUUUGUAGAAAAAAUAAUUACUUUGCAGCAAAUGUAGAAAAUAAUUUAAUUAAGAAUGUAAAUUUUUUGAGUCACACACCAAAUUUAAAAGGAAACAUUGAACGACAAUGGCUGCUCAAAAGCAAAGAAAUACAGAAUAGCUUAAAAACGUAUGACAAUGACGAAUUUUUGGAGUAUGGUGAGAAUCUAUCACUGUUGGAGAAGUAUGCGUUGGUUCUGAAGAGAGAUCGUAUCGCAAGAUCCGUUCCAUUUGGUUUAACAGAAAUUGAGAAUUUCACGAAAGAAAUGAUGAUCGGAAAUGCAUCGGAUGAAAACACAUCGAUUGGUAUACAAUUGGAGAACUACCCGAAAAUGUUGAACUGCUGGUAUUUGGUCAGUGACAAACAAAGCCAAGAGUAUUUUUAUCGCAUACAACGUAUACGAAAACUUUGGUGGAUGAAGUAUGCAGCAAACCCAGGUCGUUUCGUAAUUUCCGAAGUGAAACAGGAUGAAGAGAAGGAUACAAAAUCGGUUUCCAUUAAGGCUACUUAUCCAUUUGGCACGAUUGACAUUGAAAGUAUCGAAAUGAUGCCAGUAGAUUCGAUAAACUCAGAGGCAAAGAGUAAAAAUGCAACCAAAUUUAUCAAAACAACAACAGUUUCUGAGGUAGCAGCUAUUGAAACUGUUUUGGAUAGUAUCGAUGCUGGUGAUUUUGGUGAAAUGUGUCUUCAUAGGAAAAUUGCUCCGUAUCAAUGUACUGUGUACAGUAUAUCAAAGGAUUCAUCAACAUCAAAAGAACUAAAAGAUUUAGCCAAAUAUAUUUCGAUGCUACUUCAGCGUAGUCAAAUUUCAAUUCUCAAUACAGACGAUUGUCAUUUCUCUGACGUGUCAGCUUUGGAGCAUAAAUACAAAGAAAUCGACGCAAUCGGUGUUCCAUACAGCAUUGUAGUGGAUACAAACAGUCUAGAAAAUGGAUUCAUGAAACUUCGUAAUCGUGACACAACUCUCUCCGAAACCAUUCACAUUAGCGAUUUAAAUGAUUACAUACCCCAAAUAUUUCAGUCAUAAAGGCUUACCCAAUAAACUUGAACACAAUGUAGUUAAUGUU